GCAGGUCUUAAUUUCAUGUCUUUGUUCUUACUGCAAUCUGAAAUUAUGAUCACUAAUUUUACAAGGAUGCGAAGCUUCUUCCUCCUUGGAUUCCCUGGACUUUCACCACAGUAUUACGGGCCUGUAUCUGCUCUGCUUUUUUUCAUCUACCAAGCUAUUGUAGUAGGAAAUAUUUUCAUUACAGCAUUUAUUGUCUACGAGAAGUCCCUGCAAAAACCGACAUAUAUGGUCUUUUGUCACCUGGCACUGAAUGAUUUGACAUUUGGCACUGUUACUCUGCCAAAAAUCAUAGCAAAAUAUUGGUUUGGUGAUGGCAUUAUAACGUUUUAUGGGUGUUUUGUACAGAUGUUCUUUGUUCAUUAUUUAGGAUCAGUAACUUCUUUCAUGUUGUCGGUAAUGGCUCUUGAUCGAUUCAUUGCAGUAUGUAUUCCGCUGCGUUAUCCUGUCCUGAUCACAAACGGCAUCAUAUCUGUGCUGUGUGGGUUUGCUUGGUUCAUACCUCUGCCUCUGAUGGUAGCAAUUGUACUCCAUGCCUUCACUUUACCUUACUGUAAAUCAAAUGUCAUUGCUCAGUGCUACUGUGACCACAUUUCUAUAACAAGUCAGGCAUGUGGAGAGGAUGUUACAAUAGUUAGAGUUACUGCACUGUGUUUUGCCAUGCUCUGUCUUUUGCUUCCACUUGCAUUUAUUUUGUUUUCCUACAUUUCUAUUAUUGUGACCAUUAUGACGAUGUCUAAUGUUUCAGGGCGCAAAAGAACCUUAUCAACUUGCACUCCACAAAUAUUUAUCACAUGUCUCUUUUACCUGCCCAGAUGUUUUGUGUAUGUGGCCAACACUGUUGGAUUUUCUUUUAACAUGGAUGUGCGCAUUAUAUUGGUAUUGUUGUACAGUCUUUUACCUGCUGCUGUCAAUCCAUUCAUAUACUGUUUUAAGACCAGAGACAUUAAGCAGAUGUUGAUUAAGAGGCUGAAGAAAACUAAAAUUGGAAUAGAGAUCAAAUUUUCUCAAUAAUGUAUAUCAGACAGAUGAGGCACAAUUCACAUGUUAAGCUGAAAAAAUCUGUUUGUAUACACCAUGGGUCUCAAACUCGUGGACGAUAUUUUGUGGUCCCCUACUUGACAUCUAAGUUUAGUGAUAGUGCAGCCCCUGCAUUUUUCUCAUAUGCACCUUUUUUUUUAAGUUAUAUUUUUUGGCUUUUUUCUGCUUUAUUGAUAGGACAGCAAUGAGAGAAAGACAGGAGAGUGGUGAAGGAGCUGCAGCAAAGGGUCAUGAGCUGGAUUCAAACUCAUGACUACUGCAUCAGGGACUAUAGCCCAUUUAUGGGUUGCCCACUCAACCUGUUGAGCUACUGUGGCGCCUGUCAAAUACACCUUUCUGCCGAGUUGUUGUGUGUGCCGCACUUGCCGUGGGCCUUAAUAUAUAUUUUUAAUUUAUUUUUUUCAUCACUUAUGGCCUACCAUAGUUUAGGCUCACAGCUUCCAGUGGCAUUUGCUGUGAAGUUAGUCAAUGCAAAUUACUAAUGUUAGUCACUUGCUUGGAACGUGAUUGCACAGCGACACCAAGUGGAAGGAAAAUAUAUCCUGUCAGUCAGCCCCAGUCAUGUCUUUCUCAAAAUCUGCCAUGAAGACAAAGGUUGGCGACGAGGACAGACAAUUUCAGGGCAAGUGGGAGAUGGAAUACUUUUUUGUUGAGCACAGGGGCAGCCUGACGUGUCUUCUAUGCACAGAGAAAGUUGAGGUGCCAAAGGAAUACAACAACGGGAAAGCCAAUCAAAGAAGGCGAGCUUGUCAAAAAGUACAUGUUACAGGCUGCAAGUAUAGUCUGUCCAGAAAAGAAGGGUCAGCGUAGCAACAUCAGCUUUUCAGCCAAUAUAAUGGCAGAGCGCAUUUCUCAACUGUCAGGUAACAUAUAUGAUCAACUGCGUGAGAAAACCAAACGUUUCUGUGUAUACUCAAUCGCUCUUGAUGAGAGCACAGACACCACUGAGACUCCACAGUUUGCAAUUUAUGUCCAUGGUGUUGAUGACAAUUUUGAAGUGAUGGAGUAGAGGAGUUGCUCACAGUGAUUCCAAUGUAUGGCCAGACCACCACUCAGGAGAUGUUCUGCCAGCUGUGUGAUGCCAUUGUGGAUGCUAGUUUGCCUUGGAAGAGGUUUGCCCUGUCAUUCAUCAAUGACAGGGAGGAGAAAUGGACUUGUUGCAUUUUUUCAAAGAAAAUUGGAAGGCUGUGGUGAAGGCCAUUGCUCUGCAUUAUCCAUCAGCAAGCCUUUUGCAGAAAAUGCCUGAAGUUUGAUGGCACCUUUUUGAAGGAAAUAGAAUCAGCAAAUGAGGAUGUGCUCUACUUCACCGAGGUACGUUGGCUCAGCAGGAGGAAACGGCUUGAAGAGGUUUUUUGAGUUGAGAGCAGAAUGGACAAGGAUGGGAUGGCUGUUCUUGUGCUAAGUGAUCCCAAAUGGCUCAUGGACUUAGCUUUUCUUGUUGACAUCACACAGCUGAGUCUAGGUUGAGACCCCUGGUUUACACAUUUCUGAUUGUUAAGUCAACCCCACCUUCAAUUUUUAGGAUUUAAACUUGGCCUCCACUCACACACACACACACUUAACUUUUUUUUCUAUCCUCUUUGCCUACUCAAAUUCCAUCCAGUGCACUGAAUCAAUGCAACGCUAAACUAUUUCCAUUUGAAUGCACAUUUUGAAAUUUGAACCUUCUUUUUUUUUUUUUAAGCACAAUUUAAACAUUUAAUGUUCAGGAAAUUCUAAUCUCCAACUUUCAACUACAGCAUGUCAAUUUUAUACAACGCAUAUUUAAAUCAUUUGACUUUUUGUCUUUUCCUUCUUCUAUAAGACAAAAAGGUAUGACGUUAAUAUCCCUGUCAUUUAAUGUUCAGAAGUAUACCCUAAAUGCUGGGCCCCUAUUUGUGUUCAUGACUGUGGUUACUUUAAAUAUGUGUAACUAUCCUAAUUUUACUGCUGACAGUGAUAAGACUAACAUUGUGUCUCCAUCCACAAAGAGUGAACAGUUUGUGUGUCAAAGCAGGUUACAAAUUGUUGACAGAAAGAAAAAAAAACUAUUUCAAAAAAAAAAUAUAUAUAUAUAGCAUUGAAGCUUAAGGGCUUGAGAGAUUUGGCAGCCGGAAUGAAUUUAGCAGGAGUUAGAUGUGUAGUAUGCCAUCCCAAUCCACUACACAUUUUGUGAAAUCCAGAGAUUACCUCCUCAUGGCUCACUGGCUGUCCGUUUAGUUUGUAGUGGAAAAAAUCUGGUGUUUGCACACAGUUGUGCAAAACAAACAACAAACAAAAUGGCUCGGAAUGAUCUACAUACUAAUAUUUCAGCGUGUCUUGUGUAUGAUCGAGCUCAGGCAAUCUAAUAACCGACUGAUGAGAUCGUCAUAGCAACUAAAUUUCUAAGAUGUGUGUCUGUAAAACAAUUAUUUUAAAAUAGCUUUGCACAUUUCAUAUUUUUAUGGUCGUGGCUUUUUCAUUACUAUGAAGUGUUUCAGCUGUAACUGCUUUGCAAAUUCUGUACUGUAUUCAUACAGUGGAAGUAAUAAACUAGUAGGAAGAAAAAAAUAAUGU